AUGAUUAAUUUUUCCUUUACAGUGCCACCGUCACCUCCACUGGUGUAUGUGUCUGAUGUGACAUCCACGACCCUCACAGUGAGGUGGAGAAGUGCCAACUCUGGAGGUGCUCCAAUACUAGGUUACUACCUACACGAGAAGAGAGAAUUCGGAGAGUGGAGACGGGUGGAGGUGCCACCCCACGCUGACUCCUACACACUGACAGGCCUGCAGUGUGGCACCAGGUACCAGGUCUACGUCAGUGCCUACAACCAUGUGGGAGCUUCUCAGCCCAGUGAUGCCAUCCCCACCAAGACUCUGGGAAGAGAGCCCAUCGUACCUGCCCAGUCUUCGCUGCUCAGAGUCAACGUGACAUCGAUCUCUCUCAACUUGGCCGCUUGGCUUGACGGUGGCUGCCCCAUCACCUCCAUGGUGGUUGAAUACAAGGAGCGAGGACUGACAUCGUGGACCCUGGUAUCUAACCAUGUGAGGUGGGACAACACUACGGAGUUUGUGGUACUCGAUCUCAAGCCCGCCCACCGCUACACCCUCAGAGUCACCGCCCACAACUCUGCUGGCUCCUCAGUUGCCACCUAUCCUUUCACCACACUUACCCACCUGGGAGCCACGUUAUCCCCUGAGUUGAUAGUGCACGACGCUGUAGGUCUGGCACCCUGGUACCUGGACUCCCAUGUCCUCGUGGCUGUGGUGGUAGCCUGCAUCCUGGUGCUCCUUGCUGUCUGUGUCGCAGUCGCCUACACCUGCCGCAGGACCAGGGCACACACGCAAACUUACAAGGAGGUGAACCACGUUCACAACGAUCUCACCCCCGACUCUGGCUUGACCUCUGAGACGCUACUUGGUGGGCACAGCCUGGAGAUUCUGGAGGCCUACACACCCUCCACGCUGCCCUUGGGUUCCUAUGACGAGAUCUCUCCGUAUGCCACCUUCAGAAUGCCUGGGGAGAACAAGACGCCACCUCCUCCGCCCCUACCCUCGCGCGCUGACCCACCCCCGAGACUGAUGCCCUCCCUCCUACAGCCGGUGGCGAGCGUGGUGGAAUCGACCUACAGCCGCGUCAAGAGAAAGUGCCCGGCUGUACCUGACGGAGGCCUGUCUACGCCCUCUCGCAUCGCUCCAACUGAUCACGCUUACGAAAAGGGCAGCAAGGCCGUCAAGGGCAAGUGCGUCUCCAGGUGCCCCUCCGUCAGUGACAAAGUAUACAAGUCUCCAUCCUCGGGCAUCCACUUUAAAUUCAACAAAACUGAUAGAAUGGACACAUCCACUGCUUUAGGUCUUCCACAGUGA